GUUCUCCAACGGGCCCCAGAGCCCAAAAGUUUAAACUCUAUUAAACUCAAAACGGGGAUGGCAUGACAGGCGCGCAGCCAAUGAGACACGCCAAAGGUGCCCGGCGGUUCAACACACAAUAGUGAUUCCCUAGAGGCUAGGAGAACGGGUUCUUCCAUCAAAGGGGAGAGGGGAAUGGGGGGGAAACCACGACGGCGGUAGGGAAGCAUGGUUCGCAUUGGGGCUAAAGCAUACCACCUUCCACCCGUCUUGUGCUGCGUAGCAGUAACAAGCUUCAGCCUCUUCCCCUCUCCAGGUUCUCGUGCUCACCUGUUUGGUCUCAUGCUUUUUUGCCUGCUCCCCUAUUUCUCUCUCCCACCACGGCAGUAAAACCAGCUCUCUGUCCUCGUCUCGUCGAAAAAUCGCAUCGCAUCAUACUUUGACGCUCAAACACCCCUCGUCCACAACACGUCCGCGACACGACACGUUCACUCGACCCUGACCGAACCGAAGCCCACCGAGCGUCGCCCAAUACAGAUCGCAGAAACACGCUCACGCUACGUCCACGGAACCUCCGUCCAUGAUGAAGUUCGCCGUAAUCAUCGCUCUCGCCGGCUUUGCCGUUGCGCAGACCGACCUCCCCACGUGCGCCCAAGGCUGCGUCAACCAAUACACCACAGGCAAUGCCAUCGCCGGCUGCAGCAAUCUCGACAUCAAGUGCAUCUGCUCCAACGCCGGCUUCCUUGACGGCAUCGCCUGCUGUCUCGCCAGUGCCUGCCCUGCCGCCGAACAGGAGAACGCCGUCAAGUUCGCCAAGAAUAUCUGCACCGGUGCCGGCGUCACUGUCCCUGAUCAGGUCGUCUGCAAGAGCGGAAACGCCUCGUCUUCCGGUUCGCCGGCCACUGCUACCCAGACCGGUGCCGCCCAGACCGGGACGCCCGCGUCCGCCACGAACACACCGAACGCCGCUGCCACAAUGGGUCCAGUCGCUCUGUUGGGAGGUCUUGUUGCUGCUUUGGUUGUCUUGUAGAGUUCCAAGGGGAAAACGACGGUUGGCGUUUCACGAUUCGCGGAUGGGAAAAUGUCCUAUUGUAUAUGAUGGUCCUGAGCAACGCAGUUGAGACAAGACAUAUCUGUCUCUGUCAACUGCCGCCGUCGUCGGCUUUUUUGUGUGUGUUGGGGAAGGGGAUAGCAUGACGAAUCGUACUCAUUGUGUGUACUUUGGGUGUAGAAAAAUCAACGUUUCGAAAGGUAUCAGUCGUCGAGCGUCCCCGAUAACAACGAGAUGGUAAGAAGUGUCAUUCCGCACCGCCGUAGCUGUGAGCAAGGCUAGCCGCCACGACGCUUCGACACGGGACUGCUUCCGUUCGGCAACAUCAGAUGCCCUCGCCAUCGGUCUGCUGCUCCGAUCCCGUGCGACCGACGAAAAACGUUGACGGUGGACCGUCAAGUACAUUUUGGAAGAGACGGGGUUGGCCGGCCCGGCAGAACUACGGGACAAGCAAACAGCUAGGUCAAAGCAUCGUCGGGACCCUUGGACCCCUGCCUUACAUCAUUCAUCUGCCGGAAAAGCUCACUCACUGCAAACAUGAUGCGUCUGUGAGUCUCAGGCCGCGCUAGCCCAUUGGAGCUCGACGUCGGUUACCUCGUAUGUGUCCGAAAAUGGCCAUGUACGAUUACAGUAUAUUGCCGUGAGGCUAAUUUGGGUUUUUGACAAACCUUCUCUGUCACUCCAGCGGGAAGGGAACCUGGGCCUUUCCCAAACACCCUCGGGCCUCUUCUUCCGAAUCUGAGAGAGGAUGGGGGAGAGGGGUGAGGGGGGUUUGGUGCUGGAAGCGCCGAGUGAGCGCGGGAUCUGAUGAAGUCUUGUCAGUCGACCGUAAGUAUGACCGGAUAACCACUGGACAUCGCGGGACUCCUGCCGUCCAAAAAGAAAAAAACAAGAAGAAAAAGGGCAAGAUCAGAAGUUUGGCCGCACGCCGUUCUGCUUGCGACCGCACCAGACAGCCCCAACCUGCACGUCUUGUAGUCGCUGGGCGAAAUCCCCAUACCUCGACCACCGUAAUGGCCGAUGGAUACUGUGUAGAGUGACCGGUGGCGGUGCUUCGAGCCCUGGCCCGUGGUAAGCUUUGCCAACUUGUCGCAGAUGAGCGGGUAUGGCCCGUUUUGAAGUUGUCGCCGCGUGUUGAGAACUUGAGAUCACAACCAGAAGCGCGGCAACGCGCGACAUCGCGGGGGUGGAUAGCCGCAUCGUUCACCACAACUUCCAAGGCUCUGGCUGGGCCGGGAAACCCCGUUCGCCGAAAGGGAAAGAAGAAAAAAAGAGAGGGUUGGGGCCAUGUUCCUCGUCCCCGUCGUUCAUGGAGACGACAUGCUGUGAAAUGCAACGGUAGCAACCCAUUCGCUGCAGGCCAAUCGCUGCAGUUUGAAGAUGAAGGGGGGAAAUUAUGGUUCUGUCGAGCCCGAGCCCUCAAAACGACGGCAAAGACGGUAGCUCGGCGUGUACAUGAUAUGGCGAACUCUUGAC